CAUACCCUCUAUAAAAACACCACCAACUACGCUAAUCAUACUUUCAUUCUUAAUUUGGGGGCUUUCACUUUGCUCAACUGACGCAGUCGCAGAUAACUCACCAGGGUCCCGUCUCCCAGAUAACGUGCUAGAUGAUUCAAGCCCUUUCCAGUCCCAUCCCUGUAAUUUACCUGAUGGAAUGUGGUUCUUGGUCCACUCGAAUGAGAAAAAAGGGUUUACUGAUGAUGGGUUCUGGAAAGCCAAAGGAGAACCUUGUAAGGUUUACUCAAACAAUGGGAUAGAUGGUUGGAGAACCACUUUUGAAUAUUUUGAAGGCUUAGCUCCCGAUGAACAGUUAACUAAUUGGCUUAUGCAAGAGUACAAGAUUUCACCUGAUGAAUUAAGUGACAAAUGUAGUCCAAAGGCUUCCAGAUCGCUAUGCAGAGUCUUCCUCUGUGGUGACGACAUUUCCAGGAGCAAGAUGAUAUCCCAAAACUGCAAAAACAUCAUUGAGUCAAAGAAUCACAACCCAGUGAAGUCAAUCAAACCUACAGCUAAUGUAACAUCUGACCAGGACACGGAGCAUGAACCUCAGGCGAAUAGAGAAAGUGAUGUCAGAACACUUGCUAUGGCAUCUGAUGAGAAACCAAGCUCUCCUCCAGAAGACUUUUCCGAAGGAGAAUGCUUCUCUAGAGGCGACUUCUUGGAAUUGGAUGAUUUACAAGAUCCUGGAUCACAUUCUUCGAGCUCACAGAACUCGAGCUGUCCAAGCAAGUUAUCAGAAGAAUAUUUUGGUUCUGAUCAUUUUGGUUCUUCUGAUCUUGUGCGGGAUCUCGAGGAAGAAGUGGAGAAGAGUUGCAGAGAGGAGCAAUUUUCACGUUCAUGUCACAGAUUUAGCGCACAAAUUGUGCAAAAUGAUGUGGUCUUGCAGCCUGCACUUCCCGGUUCUUCUGUAGUGUACGAUUCUGUAAGAGGCGAUGUUGCUGAGACCCCAAGCACCAGUCCAGGCGCAGACGAAACUUCAAAAGAUAAAAAAGUGCAGUCGAAAGCUGAAGGAGCUUCGACAUCGAAUGGUGCAGCAAGAGAAGAGAAGAAGAGUGGCGGUUCAAGCAGAAUUAACAAGAUCAAGACCUAUUUCUGUUUUGCAGCAUUCUAAAUCCCAACAUUCUUAGGGAAAACAAGGUAAAAAACUGGAAGAAAAUGAGGUUAUCAUUCGAUAUGCUAAAUUCAGUAUAUGAGGGGAGAGAGAAAAGAAAGAAAAAAAAAAAAAACUAAGCCUAUGAGGACAGGGGACUAGAAAACUGAAAACCUUGUUAUGUAGUAAUAUCUGAUUGAAGCUGUGAUUUGUAGUGUUUGUGAUAGUGUAAAAUAUGUACCUAAUUUGAAUAAUUGUUAUGACUGUAGUACCACAUACAUAUGGUGUUUCUUGAUUACUA